AAAGUUGAACAAUUUUUCGGGAUGCGCACUUUAUUGUGUUCGUUUGUAUUGUUUCCCUGAUGUUCAACUUUUGUUCUCAGAUCCAAAAACGAGGCGAAGCUUUAUUGUGUCACAUCUCCCACCUCCACGCUCACCAACCAACAAGACGUUGCUUCGAACAUCAGUAAUUUAAUUCCCAGUCUUUACGGCGUUUUUUCCCCAAGACCGCCAGCACAGAAAUAUCAUUGCCGGCAAAAAAUCCCAAAUUUUUUAACAAAACAUUAAACGCUAAACUCUGCUAGUAAAAAAAAACUCUGACAGUAGAUAAGUUUUUUUUUUUUUGUUUUUCGUCAUUUGUUUAUGAAUGAGGACAAAAAAAGGGUUUUAGAAAACUGUUUUUAUUACACGCACUCGAACAGUAUCUAGCAACAGAUAAUGGAUAAUAAUUUAGCUGAGUUGGAAAAAUGGGGGUUUCCAUUACAAGAAUUGUAUCGCAUUGCUCUGCAAUUUUACAAACAAAAUUCCGGAAAAGCUGUACAUCUCUCUUAUGAGGAUAAUCUUAAAUUGAUAGCCUUUAAACAGCAGGCGUCUUUAGGUCCAUUUGAUCCGGAACAUGCACCCGCCCUAGGAGUGUUGGACGUAAUUGGCCGUGAUCGCCGUUUGCAUUGGCAAAUGCUGGGAAAUAUCAGUCGCGAGCAGGCAAUGGAGGGUUUCAUUGAUUUAUUGGACACCAUGUGCAAUGCAUUUCGCCCGUAUGUAGAAGCAGUACGCAAAAACAGAGAUGAAACCUUGAAAGAAGAGCUAAGACGUAUGGAGUUAGAGAAGUUAGAAAAUGAUAAAAGAGAACGAGAACAGCAGGAAAUGUUAGAAGAAGGAUAUAAAGAAGAAAUGCAACGACGUCAAUUGCAGGAUGCUUUAAAUAAACAAACAUAUCAACAAUUCAAGGCUUAUGCGGAGAAACAAUUUCCCGGUAAUCCCGAACAGCAAGCGGUUUUAAUUCAUCAACUUCAACAGGAACACUAUCAUCAGUACAUGCAACAAUUACAUAUGCAAAGGCAACAGAGCACGGCCAGUAAUAACAACAACAACUUCAACAAUGUGGGUGCAGACAAUCCUACACCUGACAGUGAAAAUCAAGUAAUCCUUGAGAAUCAAAACCAUGACACCGUCGACUUAACACAGGACGACUUGACCAACGAUAUGAUGAACUUAAAACUAAACCCCAAAAGCGACUCAAAUGAGCAGGAGCAGCAGCUACAACAGCAACAAAUAAAUAAUAGCAAUGAAGAUGAUUACAUUAUAAUACAGCCGGCGAAAAUUUGGACACGUCCAGAUAUAGAGGAAUUUAAAGCUGAUGUAUCAGCGGGAGAUGGCGACGGCGUUAUAACUGUAGGUCACGGCGACACAAUAACGGUACGGGUUCCCACCAACGCCAAUGGAAAGUGUAUAUUUUGGGAAUUUGCUACGGAUAAUUACGACAUAGGUUUUGGCAUUUACUUUGAAUGGAGUAAACCAAUCACACAAGAAGUUACAGUGCACGUAAGUGACAGCGAUGACGAAGACGAAUUCCUUGACGAAGACUAUUUAUCGACCAACGAAGAUUUGGAAUGUGGUUCACUGACAAACGAGCGCAGUUCAUUACCAAACAAUUCCCCGUCGAAGGCGCCCAUUUCAAUAAUAGUACCUAUCUAUCGACGUGAAUGCUUUAACGAAGUGUACGUGGGCUCUCAUGCUUACCCGGGGGAGGGUGUCUACCUAUUAAAGUUUGAUAACAGUUACAGCAUUUGGCGAUCAAAGACUUUGUAUUACAGGGUAUAUUAUGAACGUUAGAUGUGAAAGAAGGAAAAAUGCCGAACUUUUGCUUUUUUUUUUUUUCGGUUUUUUAAGUUACAUUCGUUCUUCUAUCUCUAUAAUAAUGUGCUUAUAAAAUAUCAUAAAUCGAGCUUUUUCAGUUGCAUUCGGCUAUAUAACAAUUGCUGUAUGUGUAUUUUAUAUUUAUAUAAACAUUAACAAGCACUCAUACACUACGACAGCCUAUGUAAAAA